AUGGAAAAUGAAGAUUAUAUUGAAUUGGCAGGUAAUAUUGAACUAGUAGAUCUUACUAACGAAGAAACUGUUUGGGUUGAAACGGAAGAUAUUGAUAAUAUCUAUAGCGAAGAACCUAUGGUUGAAAAUGAUUGGUAUUGGAAAGAUUUUCAAAAUGUUGUUCGUAAAAGCUUUGAAUUUUUUUCAAAUCGUAGCGUAACGGUGAUUGAUAACAAUGGGUAUUAG